AAUGCGGUGCUCGCAAUUAUAAAAUUUACAUUUAAUAUGCGGCAGAUAAGCUCUCCCUCUCUCUCGUUCUCUUUUCUAGAUUCUGAUAAAUGUUAUAAUAGGUAUGUGAAAAAUAUACCAUCUAUAUAUACCUGAACAUUAUUUAUUUAUAGAGAGAAAGUGACGCUACCAAGAAGAUGUAAGUAGAUUUGUUACUAAAAAUUGACUGAUUCGGUAAGCAGGAUGUAUUUUAGACCAGUUUAGAUCGGGAAUGGAAGAAGAAAUUCACGUUAAGGUGAUUAAUGUGUAAAAUAUUGGCUUAAAUCAAGCCGUUCUUUCUCUCUCCACCUGUUCCUGCCUUUUUUGUGGGCACUGCAUCCCUCUCUCUCCCCAUAGUGUCCUGUGUCCAGACGGUUGCUUGCGAGGGGAGGAACGAUCAGUGCCGCUCACAGCCUCACCAAUGGCUGCCCAUCAUCUCCUUUGGUUUCUCUGUCUCCUGCUGCUCCAUCCUCUUCUCUCCCACUCUGUUCAUCCCUAUGAUUUUUCAUUGUUUCUCGACUGCGGUGGGCAAAGCAAUUUCACUAGCCAGUUCAACCAGUCAUGGGUAGCUGACAGGUUCUACACCGGUGGAAGUCCAGGACUAGUGACGAAUCCACAUAAUUUCAAUCAAGCUCAAGAAAGGACCCUUCGGUUUUUUCCCGGUUCAUAUGGGAAAAAGAACUGCUACAAUGUCGAUGUCCCGAAUGGCCGCUACUUCAUUAGGACAUUCACGGUGUAUGAUAAUUAUGACAGCGAGUUGCAUUCCCCGAGCUUUGAUGUUUCUGUGGAGGGUACUCUUGUUUUUAGUUGGAGAUCGCCAUGGCAAGCAGAAGUAAGCAAAAAUGGGGCAUAUUCGGAUCUUUUUGCAUUUGUAACUGAUGGACAAGCAACCAUUUGCUUCUACAGUAUUGCCACAGAUUCUCCCGUGAUCUCAUCUUUAGAGAUUGUGCAAGUAGAUCCACUUGCUUAUGAUUCUUCAUCUAUUGGAAGGAAUUUUAUCUUGGUGAAUUAUGGGCGUUUAACUUGUGGAUCUAAUUCUUUUGGGCCUGGAUUUACCAAUGACACAGAUUACUUUGGCAGAGCUUGGCAAUCUGAUAAGAAUUUUCGUCUGAAUUCAGAUGCUAGGACAAUUUCUACCCGAACACCAAUACAUGGUACCAAUCAGGCUCACGACUACUUUCCAGAGCAUUUGUAUCAAACUGCAGUAAUAGUAGAUCCUGGUAAAACUCUUGAAUAUACACUGACAGUGGAUGCUAGGAUGGAUUACUUGCUUUGGUUUCAUUUUGCGGAGAUAAACCCUGUUGUGAGUAAAGCAACCCAAAGGGUGUUUGAUAUCUAUGUCAAUGGCAACAAUGUUACCAGGAUUGAUAUAUUCAAGCAAGCUGGCAGCUUUACUGCUCUGAGAUGGUAUCACAUUGUGAAAAAGUUGAACAGUACAGAGCUGAAUGUGAAGUUUGUUUCAGUGAUUGGUCCACCAUUACUUUGUGGACUUGAGAACUAUGCAAUGGUUCCACUCGACUUUGCUACUGUUCCAAGCCAAGUAUUUGCAAUGAAAGCAUUGAAGGAAUCACUGCAUGUCCCUGACAGAAUGGGAUGGAAUGGUGAUCCAUGUGCCCCUUCCUCCUGGGAUGCUUGGGAAGGAGUAACCUGUCAUCAUGAUGGAAAGAAUGGUCUUGUGAUAACCCAGUUGGAUCUUGGAAGUCAAGGACUGAAAGGAUAUAUCAGUGACCAGAUAAAUCUUCUAACAAACUUAGUGAGCCUGAAUUUAAGCUUGAACAGCUUAACUGGCAGCAUACCUCAGGGCCUAGGAGUUCGCUCUCUUGCACAAGUGGACUUGUCAGGUAAUCAGUUAACAGGAGCUAUCCCUGAGAGUUUAGGUUCUUCAAAUCUGCAAGUUGUGUUGUUAAAUGACAACCAGUUGGAUGGACAAGUACCUGAACGACUUUACUCCAUUGGUGUGCAUGGUGGACUGAUCGACCUUUCUAGUAAUAAGGGCCUUUGUGGUGUGCCUACUUUACCUGCUUGUCCAUUCUUUUGGAGCAAAGUUGGCUUGUCUGAUGGGGCCAAAAUUGGUAUAGGACUGGCGUGCUUGGUUAUUUUCCUACUACUGUUAGUUUUAUUUAUCUACGUGGUCUGCAUCAGAAGAGGGAGACAUGAUUAUGACUUUGCACUUCCUCAGGAUCUAAUUUCACUUGCAGCAAAGAGAAAUAGGUAUCAAAGACAGAAGUCGAUGAUGCUUCUAGAAAUGGAGUCUCAAAAUAAUGGAUUUUCAUCAAGCUUUAACAACCACCAUCCUUUCCAGCCAGAAUCACGCUAAUAGGCAUUCAUUAUUGCACAUCUGGAGUUCUUGAUCAAAGAGUUGUAACCAAGUACAAUUCAAAAGUUCCACAAGGAGGAAAAAGGAAAAAAAGGAGGCACAUUGCAAACUGCAGGAAGCUCAUACGGCUAGUUCUUACAAACGUGGGAUGCGUGAAGCUUGCCUGCCACCCAUUGAUUUGAACCGUGGCUGACAGAGUGAUGCAGUUUAACUGGAGUUGCUUAUGGCUGACGGAGCGAUACAACUUUACUGGAGUAGCUCACAUUGGAAGAGAGGACUUGUACAUCAAACAAAAGCAUGUGUAAUUAACAAUUUUUUUCGAUGCCAUAGAAUCUUAUGAGGAAGAAUCCUCGAGUUCGUAUCCCAUUCAUUGUGCGGCUUCUCCAUUUCUUUGUUCGUGUACAUUGUGUUUUAGGCUUCAUAAUGUCGAGUAUCUAUCUCUCUCUCUC